UUCUCGUUCCCUCUGGAUUUUUCUUCAAAUUUCUAUAACACAUUUAUAUAUAAAUGCUAAUCCGUCUCCGCAACCAUCUCAGACUCGAAAAACAAACAAAGCAAACAUAACAACAAAACCAAAUUCCAUUCUUACGACAAACUUCUCUUCAUUCCCUCUUUUUACUCCAAACCCAGCGCUUGAAAACUCAUUCCAUGGCUUCCAAAACCGAAGGCAAGGCCAUUGGUAUCGACUUGGGUACCACCUACAGCUGCGUUGGUGUGUGGCAAAACGACCGCGUUGAGAUCAUAGCCAACGACCAAGGUAACCGAACCACUCCUUCUUAUGUUGCUUUCACUGAUACCGAACGGUUAAUCGGUGAUGCCGCCAAGAACCAGGUUGCCAUGAACCCUCAAAACACAGUCUUUGAUGCCAAGAGGUUGAUUGGGCGACGAUUCUCUGACCCUUCGGUGCAGAGCGACAUGAAGCACUGGCCUUUUAAGGUCGUUGCCGGCCCCGGCGACAAGCCCAUGAUUGUCGUUAACUAUAAAGGCGAAGAGAAACAGUUCGCGGCUGAAGAGAUUUCGUCAAUGGUUCUUGUAAAGAUGAAGGAGAUCGCUGAAGCUUUUCUGGGUCAGACUGUAAAGAAUGCCGUCGUUACUGUUCCGGCGUAUUUCAACGAUUCUCAGAGGCAAGCAACCAAGGACGCCGGUGCCAUUUCCGGGCUUAACGUGAUGAGAAUUAUUAACGAGCCUACUGCGGCCGCCAUUGCUUAUGGGCUUGACAAGAAGGCUUCCCGGUCCGGCGAACAGAACGUUCUGAUUUUCGAUCUUGGUGGUGGAACCUUCGACGUUUCACUCCUCACUAUUGAAGAAGGAAUCUUCGAAGUGAAGGCCACCGCCGGAGAUACCCAUCUUGGUGGUGAAGAUUUCGAUAACAGGCUUGUGAAUCACUUUGUGGCAGAGUUCAAGAGAAAGCACAAGAAAGAUGUCAGUGGCAAUGCCAGAGCUUUGAGAAGGUUGAGAACGGCAUGCGAGAGAGCAAAGAGGACUCUUUCGUCGACCACUCAAACGACAAUCGAAAUCGACUCCCUUUACGAAGGUAUUGAUUUCUACUCUACUAUUACUAGAGCAAGGUUCGAAGAAAUGAACAUGGACUUGUUUAGAAAAUGUAUGGAACCUGUGGAGAAGUGUUUGAGGGACUCGAAGAUCGACAAGAGUCAUGUCCAUGAGGUCGUUCUCGUUGGUGGGUCGACGAGGAUUCCCAAAGUUCAGCAGCUUCUGCAAGACUUCUUCAACGGCAAGGAACUCUGCAAAAGCAUAAACCCUGAUGAGGCCGUUGCUUAUGGGGCUGCAGUCCAAGCUGCGAUUCUUAGUGGCGAAGGGAAUGAGAAAGUCCAAGACUUGCUUCUCCUCGAUGUCACUCCUCUCAGCCUCGGACUCGAAACUGCUGGUGGUGUAAUGACAGUCUUGAUUCCGAGGAACACAACGAUUCCAACCAAGAAAGAGCAAAUUUUCUCGACUUAUUCUGAUAACCAGCCUGGAGUUUUGAUUCAGGUUUAUGAAGGUGAGAGAGCCAGAACCAAAGACAACAACCUUCUUGGCAAGUUCGAGCUCACUGGCAUUCCUCCGGCUCCCAGAGGUGUUCCUCAGAUUAAUGUCUGCUUCGACAUUGAUGCUAAUGGUAUUCUGAAUGUUUCUGCGGAGGAUAAGACUGCUGGUGUCAAGAACAAGAUUACUAUCACCAAUGACAAAGGAAGGUUGAGCAAGGAGGAGAUUGAGAGAUUGGUACAAGAGGCAGAGAAGUACAAGGCUGAAGAUGAGGAGGUGAAGAAGAAGGUUGAUGCUAAAAACUCUUUAGAGAAUUAUGCAUACAACAUGAGGAAUACCAUUAAGGAUGACAAGAUUGCCGGGCAGUUGGACCCUGCUGACAAGCAAAAGAUCGAAAAGGCUAUCGACGAGGCGAUCGAGUGGCUUGACAGGAACCAAUUGGCUGAAGUUGAUGAGCUUGAAGACAAGUUGAAGGAGUUGGAGGGGAUCUGUAAUCCUAUUAUAGCGAAGAUGUACCAAGGUGGUGGUGGUGGUGAUGUGCCUAUGGGUGGUGCUGCUGAGAUGCCUUCUGGUGGGGCUGGUGGAGCCGGGCCUAAGAUUGAAGAAGUGGACUAAGAAGUUUGGAAGAACAUGGAAGUUGUCUCUUUAGUUUCUGCUGCUUGCUCCGUUUUGAGACAAAUUGGGCGUGUCUUGUUAAAAAAUUAGUUUUAGUAGUGUGUUUUAAAUAAUUUUCAGUCUUGAAAACUAUGUGUGUACAAGUUUUUCUUUGUUUUUUAGAUCAACGAUAAAAUAAUUUUUGACAA